AAAAAGUUGAUAACCGAAGAGAAAGGUGGCAAGCUGAAAACCGAAAAGAACUUUGCAUUUACCACAACACAAUUAAUAACUAGACUAUAACGGGACACUGCCAAAAAAUAACAGUACUCAAACUAAAACUAACGGGAAGCAAACAAAAUCAAGAAGAGAUAUCUCUGAACAUAUCGAAACAAUCAAAAUAGAUAUCCAAAAUCAGGAUCGAAUCAAAAAUUGAAAAAAUUGCAAAAUGAACUCGAAACACAGUUCGCUGGAGGAGAAAGUGAAACUGCCGCCCACGGAGACAAUAAGCCGCUGCUACCAGCCGCAGCAGAGCAACCGCAAGGUCAUCCGCAUCCUGACCGUCGCCGUCUAUGUCCUUUGCGUUUCGCUGGCGGCCAUCAUGCUCUCCCUGUACUACAUCUUCAUUUGGGACCCCACCAUCCGGCCCUUCGUCACCAAGGCCACGCACUGCGAUAAAAUUGUGAUACCCGAAAAAAUAGCCAUUCGCCUCCUGAACUCAUCGGAAGUGACCGCGGAGCAGUUCUACAAGCACAUCCUCGAGCAGUACCGCAUCCUCAGCCACAUGCAGCAGCAACGCCAGCAGAUCCUGCAGCGUCAACAUCUCCAGCUGCAGCAGCUGGAGGCGAACAAUCGCUUCCAGGAGGUCUUCGCCACGGCCACCAUAAUCCAGGCACAUCCGCAUCCCCAUCCGCAUCCCAGGGAGCCGCCCAAGAAGCCGCUUUUGGGUCCAUAUACCCCCAUACCCGGAAAUACAAGUCAUUUGAUGGGUGGCGAUCAGCCGGGACAAGGCAACUUGGACACGGAUCCGGAUUCGGCUCACAUGCCCCUUCUCCUGGACACCUCACCGCCGGCCGAGGCCAAUGGAAUGGGUCACCUGAAGCGGAAGACACACCGGGGUCACUACAAACACCACAGGGCUCGAGCCGGAGGGCAGAAGAAGCUAUCCAUUGCCAACUCGAUGGCCAGCUCCACGCCGAGCACCACCAGCGGAGGAGACACAUCUCUGGCCAUGGCCACGGCGGCCACUCUGCCACACGGCUAUAUGGACACACCACUGAAUUCGGCGGCCGGAACCAUUGUGCAGCCACCACAACUGCAGCUGUACACCUCGAUGCCCAUUCCACUGAUCCUGAGUCCCAGCGAGGAGAAGCGUCCUUCGCACCACGCCCACGGACAUGCCCACGGCGACAGGCGGGGCGGGGCGCAAUCCGGCGGACGUCGAAGGACCACGACGGCCUCCGUUUCCGGCUACGAGGCCCAGACCUACCUCAAUCCGUUCCUCACCGGCGAGCUGAUCUUCGAGAAGUAAGGGAUUGAACCAUUUAGGGUAGGCCGUGGAGUAUUUUUUUUUUUGUAAGCCAUAUAGAGGUACAUACACUACAGUCACAGCCAAGAUCGGAAAUGGAGAUAAGCUCACAGUAAAUGGUAAAUACCUUCCAUACCUGAUCAUACCUAUAUCAAUGGAGAACUGUUUAGAAGGGCAUCACUACUCACAAUAAUUCAGAUAGGCUCAGUACUGGCAUAAGCCAAACGGAUAUAUAUUUCAAUAAACUUGGUUAGGCUGUUGUAUAUGGAUAUAUUUUCCAAAUUAGUAGCGGUAUUAAACAUUUCAUAUUGAAAUUUACACAUAUAUAUAUAUCUCAUUUUAUACGUAGAAUAUGUUUGAAAUUGAACAAAUUUUAAGAUUUAUAGAAUGAACUUAGGAACAAGAGUUGUUAUCGCUUGGUUUAUAGUGUUAACUAAAAUGCAGCUACAGCUAGGAGAUUUGACUUGUGUCAGUACUGGGCUAUAAUUUGGUCUAUAUAUAUACAGAGCCAGGCCCGGCCACAUAUAGAGGUUAAUAGAUGUUACGUACUGCAAAAGGAUAGUUGAAACCAUAGCUAAACUAUAGUCGAUGUACCAACUACACAACCACUCAACAACACACUCGAAAGGGGCACACACACACGCAUAAUACGGGACCCACUUCAGUAGAAAGUCACUCGAUAUCAGCGAUCACGGAUCACGUAUCACGAGUCACGGAUCACGGAUUCGGAUCACACAGGCGGCUCACCUCACCAAGCUCAGCAGCAAACUCACCCCACCUAGGACACUGCUUCCAGGCAGCUAGCGAACGCUACACCAACUACAAUAAUUAGCCAACCCUAGAGUAACCAGUUUACCAGUAACCAAUUACCAGUAACCCAUCCAAGGAAUAUACCCCCUCAACACGGGGAAGCGGAUAAAUGUCACUAUAAUUCAGCAUCAGAACAAAUCACACUCACACCUCCAAGUCGCCUCACGCAAAGAGAUCAAUGUUACUGCUAAAAAUCGGUUAUAUGUAUAAUAUAUAUAAACCAUAGGUAAUACAUCAACUCCAAAUUAUCAGGGAAAUAUCAUAUUAUAUCUGCCUGUUCUUUUACCCAGGGAAAUUUGAAAAAAUAUGUUCAAAACCCUUUCGAAACGUAUCAGUUAUUACAUUUUUAAAAACAAAGUUAAGACAAAUUAGUCACAACUUCAAUAUUGAAACAAAAGAUUCGCACUACAGAGCGGCCUAUAAAAAAUUAGCUGACGUAUUACCUAUAGGCACUUGCUUCGCAAGAUAAAACCCGGCGUGCUCAACUCAAGAACAACUAUUUGGUUAUAUAUAUGGGGCAUAUAACCGAUGUGUGACGUGACAUUGGCUCGGUCUAUUCACAUACUCGAACACUAAAUGCAAACCUAUCAAAAACGAAAUACACUAAGCGAAAAAGCGGGAAAGAUAGUUGGAGGAAUGUUGAGGAAAGAGAGAGAGAAAGAGGAGAGAUAGAAAUAUAGAGAAACUGCAUCUGCAUCCAAAGACACGAGAAUUGAAUUCAUCAAUAAUAACAUACGUAUAAACGAUAUGCAUACGACAUAGAAUUGAAUCUGUAACUGAUGGGCAUAUACCGCAUAUAUAUCUUAUAUACCGCAUAUAUCUUAUAUAUGUAUACCACAAAAAAACAAAGUCAUUUUGGCAAUAAUAAAGCAUAGCAAACGAAAA